UCUUAUUCUGAUAAUUCGUCUUAUAACUCGGUGUUUCUGUCUAAUCAGAUAAAGCCGUCAAAUGAGGACUGUUACAUAUCUGAUUCUUGGGCUGAUGAUUGAGACCGCAUCUGGGGUUCGCCUUGGUGUAAAGGGGACCCAUUUCACGUACAAUGGACACAGGGUAUUUUUAGCUGGAAUCAAUAAGCCCUGGGAACAGUACGCUUACGACUUUGGAAAUGGCCAGUAUAACAGCGUCAAGACCGAUUACGAACAAGUUUUUCAGAAACUGCAGGAUGUUGGAGCCAACUCUAUUCGAAUUUGGAUUCAUAUGGAAGGAGAAUCUUCGCCCCACUUUAAUGACAGUGGUCACGUUGCAGGCCUUGAUAGUGGCGGUACCUUUAUUAACGAUAUGACGUCAAUGUUAACAGCUGCUCAGAACCGUAACAUCUUUGUUUUUCCAACGUUAUGGAACGGUGCUGUCAGGCAAGAAACACACUACCGUCUCGAUGGUUUAAUCAGGGAUACUGGAAAGCUUCAUUCUUAUAUAAACUACGCCCUGAAGCCCAUGGUACAAGCCCUGAAGGAUAUGCCAGCCCUCGGGGGUUGGGAAUUAAUGAACGCGCCGGAAGGAAAGUUGAAACCCGAUUUGACUGGCAACGACUCUUGCUUUGAUACGCAAUAUCUCCGUUACUCCGGUGCGGGAUGGGCAGGCAAACUUUAUACACCAGAGGAACUUUUGAGGUUUUUUAAUUGGCAAGCUGCUGCAAUUAAAGAGGUGGACCCAUACGCUCUAGUUACUGUGGGGGCUUGGAAUGGAAAAGUCAUCACAGACAACUUUGGUUUUCAUAACUUGUACAAAGACCGUUGUCUAGUUACGGCUGGGGAAAAGGCCAAUGGCACUUUAUCCUUCUAUCAAGUCCAUUCUUACGAUUGGCAAGGACAAUUUGGGAUCGAGUCUCCAUUUAAGCAUAAUUUCGAAGACUUUGGCUUACAAAAACCUUUGGUUAUUGGGGAAUUCCGAGAGAAGGAUGGCGGUGGUAUGACGAUUAAUCAGUUGUAUGAUCAUGCCUAUAUUAAAGGAUUUGCCGGUGGUUGGGCCUGGUCACAAAAAGACGGCAAUAUGACUAACAUGUUACAAGGGCUGAUUCACCUCAGGAACUGUCAUAACGGUCGCCAUGGAACUGUUCAAGUACAGAUCCAAUAAGCAUAAAAUAAUAAAAAAAUUUUUAGAUUAUCAUCUGUUAAUAGAAAAUGUAGUAUUUUAAAUUCAGUGACCUUGAAUAUUGUCUAAUAUAUUCCAUACUUAAUUAUGAAUAGAGCAUUUCUGGUAGUUUUCUGUAUGUCAACUCGAGAUAAAAAAUAUUUGAAUGAAAGAUGUUAUUAAAUAUUAAUCCCAAACACUCAAGUAAGGUACUGGAUACAAUAUAUUAACACGAAUCAAAUGUAACGUAAACCACUGUAACAUAUUUCACAAAAAGAUGAUUAUUUGGCCCUUAAAAAAAUUACAACAUUCUGAAAUUAGCAUUGAUAGUUUUGAUUCAAUGAUUUGCAUUCCAUAUAUUAGUUGCUGUAUUAAAAGUAAACAGUU